UAGGGCUCUUUUGAGAGGAAACAACCUCAUGACUGGUCUUGGUUCAAUACGCUAUAUCUCCGCAUCCGCGGGGAUGGACGGCCUUGGAUGGUGAAUAUCAGGCAGGACACAGACUUUAUCCAGAGGAGCAAUCAGAUGUACAGUUACUUCAUGUUCACCCGUGGGGGACCCUACUGGCAGGAGGUCAAGAUUCCUUUUUCCAAAUUUUUCUUCUCGAACCAAGGAAGAAUCCGGGAUGUCCAGACCCCACUUAUGCUGGACAAGAUCGCAUCUAUAGGAUUUACCCUGGCUGAUAAAGUGGAUGGUCCCUUCUUCCUGGAAAUAGAUUUUAUUGGCGUGUUUAAUGACCCUACACAUACAGAAGAAUUUGCCUAUGAAAAUUCUCCAGCUAUUAGCCCAAGACUAUUUAAAUAGUGAAGAGUACGUGACAGCUUUGUAUUUUGGGUAGUAAAUAGUAUCUGUACAACACAAAGCAUGUCUGCUUUUAACUUUUUUGUGGCUGGGGUUUGAUUCAAGACCUACCCAAAAUAAAGCAUCCAAUGAA